UCUCCCAGGGGAGGCGCAGAGGUCAUGAUCGACUGGUUCAACGUGACGGCGUCCGGCUACCAGGAGCUGGGCCCGAAACCCGAGGAGCUGCAGAGGUCCAAAUGCGUCCUGGGCUUCAUCCCGGUCAUCUACUACAGCAUCCUGCUCUGUGUGGGAGUACCAGUGAACAUCCUCACGGCCGUGGCGUUGUCCCGACUGGCGUGCCGCACCAAGAAGGCCCUGUACUACUACCUGCUGGCGGUGACGGGUUCGGACAUCCUGUCCCAGCUCUUCAUCAUCUUCGUGGGCUUCCUGCUGGAGACGGCGGUCUUCCACCGCGACGUCCCCGCCCUCCUGCUGCACUCCGUCAGCGCCGCCGAGUUCGCCGCCAACCACGCGUCCAUCUGGGCCACCGUGCCGCUCACCGUGGACCGCUACGUGGCGCUGUGCCACCCCCUCCUCCACCGGCAGAUCAGCUACCCGGCGCGCGCCCGGAGGACCAUCGCGGCGGUGCUGGCGCUGUCCCUGCUGUCCGGCGUGCCCUUCUUCUGGUGGUCGGACAUGUGGAGGAACAGCCACCCGCCCACGGGCCUGGACGCCGUGCUCAUCUGGACGCACGUGACCAUCAUCUACUUCCUGCCCUGCGGCAUCUUCCUGGUGCUCAACUCGCUGAUCAUCCGCACGCUGCGGGCCCGGCCCCGGCGCCAGCGCAGCCAGGAGGGGCGCGGCCCCAAGUCGGCGCCGCCGCGGCGCCUGGGCAAGACCACCGCCAUGCUGCUGGCCAUCACCUCCGUGUUCUCGGUGCUGUGGGCCCCCCGCACCGCCGUGGUCAUCUACCACCUGUACGUGUCCUCGGUGCACCGGGACUGGCGCGUCCACCUGGCCUACGACCUGUCCAACAUGCUGGCCAUGCUCAACACGGCCGUCAACUUCUUCCUCUACUGCUUCGUCAGCAAGCCCUUCCGCGGCGCCGUGCGGGACGUGGUGCUGCUCAGGGGGGGGCCCCUGCACCCCCGCCACGCCGCGCCGCACCCGGAGGCCCCCACCAGCGCCUCCGUCUCCUCUCUGUGCAGCGGGAACAUCAAGCGCUCGCAGCGGGACUCCACAGCCGGGGCCAGAAAGCCCUUGUGACCCUGUGACCCCGUCCUCCUCAUCCAAAACCCCUCAUUGUCCCCUCACUGUCCCCUCACUGUCCCCUCGUCCUGCAGUGUGCGUGUAUUCCAGCUGCCAGUCAGCCCGGACGCUCUGAUUGGCUCACGUUUCUUUUGUUCAAACAUAAACUUUUGUCCCUGAAGCACACGAUCAGGACGCAUAUUUAGUUUGAUGAUUGUGCAUCAGGCUUUUGUGUUUCAUGUUGUUGGGAGAAGGGGAGGAGCUCCACCAUCAUC